GAACACCAACUCAUUUCACCAACUUCUUCACUGUAGCUCUGAGUUCAGAGUUUUUUCAUAUACUCUCAGCCAUGGCAGCUGCAUCCUCUUUGUUCUUGUUCUUGUUCUUUUUCUUUUUUCAGUUUGUUAUUAAUGUUAAUGGAGCAGCUAAGGUGGUUCCUAGUGGACCUAUCUCCAAGGUUGAGGAUGCUGUGUAUUUUCAGAUGUAUUAUGGACAGAGCUUCAAGGUUAUCAAGAAUAGCAUUGAUGGGAAGAGCUACCUUCUUAUGCAGAAUACUUCAAGGAUGGCUUUGAAGACUAAGUACUGCACAGGAAGAAUCAAAUCCUUUGUCAUUCCUCUCUCUAACUACUCUGUUGAUACUACUACUGUGCCAGUGUCAUUCUUUGAGAUGCUUGGUUUGGUAGGUUAUCUAAAAGGCAUUACAUCGGAUAUAGUGACUUCAGAAUGUGUGUUGAUGUCUUAUGCAAAUGGAGGCAUACUACUGCUAAAUACUACAGAUACACAACAAUUUACACAAUUGACAGCGCACUUCAUCGGCAAUGUAGAUGAAGAGCGGGCUUGCAAUUUUGCGGCUUUCAUGCCAUUUGAAGAGACAACUCCUCUAAGGAGAGCCGAGUGGAUCAAAUACUUAGGUUCUUUCACAAACUCAGAAUCCAGAGCUAAUACAGUAUAUGAUGCAAUUAAAGGAAACUACUUGUGCUUGAGCAAAGUUGCAGCAAAUCUCACAACUCGGUUCAAGCCAGUAGUUGCUUGGAUUGAUUACAACCAGGGAAUUUGGUCAUUUGCCAAGGAAACAUACAAGUUGCAGUACGUGGUGGAUGCUGGAGGAGAGAACUUGGAUGACUCCAUCAGCAACAAUAGCUACAAUAUUUCUAUACCCGAUGAAAUAGACAACUUCCGCGCCAUACUUUGCACAGUAGAUGUAGCAAUUGAUCAAACGUACUCAGAAGAUCCAACUGAGUACACUAUAUCCACAUUCCUUGAAAACAUCGGUGUGGAAGGUAGCUAUUGUUUCGGCUUUGUUACAAAUCAGAGUCUAUGGAGAUAUGAUAAAAGAGCAGGGAAUUUUUCCUCACUAGACUGGUUUGACGGAGCCGUUUCCCAACCUCAGCUCGUCUUAGCUGAUCUAAUUGAAGCUUUCUUCCCAACAGGGAACUACAACACCACUUACUUCAGAAACCUUGCCAAGGGCGAAGGGGUGAUAACAGUAAGUCCUGAUAUGUGCCAAAGAAACACCUCCACACCAAUGGAACCCACCAUUAUACCUUGCCAGUGAAGAAGGAUGAACAAGCUUAUUGUCUAACUUUUGAUGCUACACUACCUUCAAACUAACCUAAGUAUUUAUACAUGAUGUUCGAUCUCAGAUUCAAACAAUGUCAUUGAAUUCUUUGGGUCA